AUGGAGACCGGCCUGUGCCAAGGUUCGGUACUUAGCGUGACCAUGUUUUUACUGGCAAUAAAUACCCUCACCAACUACCUGCCAGCAAAUAUUCAAUGCUUGAUAUACGCUGAUGAUGUCAUCUUGAUCGCAACUGGUCCUGACGCCGAGAGCACAGAAAAUAAGCUGCAAAUUGCGCUUAACGAGCUUGAAUCAUGGGAAUCGAAAUCAGGAUUCAAAAUAUCAGCAGAAAUGAGCGUCACUGUUGUAUAUCGUACACCUCGAAAGAAGAAACCAACAAGCCGAAGCAACUUAAAACUGAAUGGAGCCAUAGUGCCUCGAAAGACCAGCCAUAAAUGUCUUGGAGUAAUACUCGACCAACACCUGAAGUUCCGAGCUCACGCCGAAGAGUUGAAAGCAGCAUGCCAACAAAAAAUAAUCUUCAUUCGAAGUAUAGCUUCUAGAACUUGGGGAGGAGAUCGGAACACUUUGCUGAAAUUGUACCGUUCAACAAUACUGGAAAAACUUCUUUACGCAGCUCCUCUCUUGUCAGCAAUGGACGGAAAAGCUCUUGAAUCCCUGGAAAAAGUACAUAACGCAGGUCUCCGGGCGAUAGUAGGAGCAUUCAUCACAAGCCCGAUUGUGAGCCUCCAGGUCGAAACCGGAAUCCCUAGUUUAAAAACAUUAAUCGAUCAGCGAACUAUGCUUUACACGGUACGUCGCUCAGCCGUUGGCCAUGCUGAGCAAAAUUUUGGAACUGAAGUCAGCAGUAGCAGCAGCUCUAGUGACGAGGCGUCUAGUUCUGAUAAGCGGUGGGGAGAAAGACCGAGGAUUCAAGCAAACACCUUCCAAAAUAGAGGACGAGACGGGAUGAACGAACUAGGUGUUCACCUUCCAAGAAUAGCUAGUUUUGGUAUCCCAGAAUGCCCACCAUGGCACAGAACGAAGCCUCGGGUAGAUAAAAGUCUGCACAUUAAACUUGCUCAAGGAGCUCCUCCAAAUGAUCUAAGAAACACGUUUUGCGCGCUACGGCGUACAAAAUAUCGCAUUCAUAGGACAAUUUACACGGACGGAUCCAAGCAGAAUUCUAAGUGUGGAUAUGGCGUAGUAAGCGAGGAAUUCGUGCUUCAAAAACGACUGAAUGACAUAUGCAGCAUUUUCGCAGCGGAGAGCGAGGCCGUCAAGCAUGCUCUCUCAUGGAUUGUCGAUCAACGAGUUGCCCGGGCCUAUCUACUUUGUACUGACUCCAUGAGUGUGGUAACGAGUCUGGAAAAGCACAAGGUAUACUCCAGGUGGAAAGAUCAUAUACAAAUCCUCCUUAAUCAGAUAACUGAAAUAGGCGCAGAGAUAGUUUUCUGUUGGGUUCCAAGUCAUAUUGGAAUUCCCGGCAAUGAGAGAGCUGACCAGGAGGCAAAAAAGGCGUUGGAACUAGCGGAAGACGAACAAUUUAUGGUUGACUUGAAAGAAGUUCGGAAAAUCGUUAAAAAUCAAAUAACAAAUAGAUGGCAGGCCGACUGGCACUCAAGUUCUAGUAACAAACUGCGUGAGGUCAAAAACACCGUGUUACCCUUCAAAGCUGUGUUCCAAGAUAAUAGGCGAGAAGACGUCAUCUUAGCACGAUUGCGCAUCGGACACACUCAGCUCACACAUGCAUUUCUUCUGGACAGAGUUGAUCGCCCACUAUGCCCCAGGUGUAAUGAAGCUUUAACAGUUAAGCAUUGUAUGGCAAUGUGUCCACAACUGGAGAACGAACGGAGAAACCAUGGAGUACCAGGAAAUCUGAGAGAAGCUUUGGCGGACGACAGCAGAAUGGCGAAAACAGUUCUAGAAUAUCUUAAGUUUAUUCAGUUGUAUGAUAGAAUUUAA